GCAGCCCGAGAGAGAUCAGUAGAACUGCUUAGAGGGAGCAAAGACCAGUUGAGCCACCUGGAAGAGGCGCAGACUAACUGAGCCACCUGGAAAGACUGCAACCUGUUGUUAUGCCUUCAGGCUGUGUAGCUUGCUUCGGGUGUCCAGAUUUUGUGAGCCAUCAUCCAUACUGAGGUCCCACCAUGGCUUUCCACUCCAAACACGUGGACCCCAAUUUCUACAAGCUGGGGGAAAAUGAGAUCGAAGUGAGUCUUGAUUUUGAAGAAGAGGAUACUACGACAGCAGAAAAUGGCACCUUUGGUAAAGUUUCUCUAAAUGGUUCAGACAAAUCAAAGAACCAUGGCCUCCCAGACCACAAGGAUGAUGUGAUCCACUCUGCAGUCUUCAACUCCCUUGCUGACAACAACAAAAAUGAGAGCCCCCAAGGGUCUGGACACCCACAGAUGGAGGGGCAGGAGAAAAUGGCUGCUUCCAGAGUUCCGCGAGUCCGCCGCAGAAGGCCACGGAUCCAGUUUGGUCUCACCCCCAGGCAGCUGAGUGAACUGGAAGACGUUUUUGAAAAAACUAAGUACCCUGAUGAGAUCAUAAGGAAGGACCUUGCCAAGCGCUUGUUCCUUGGAGAAUCCAGAGUGAGGAGUUGGUUUAAGAGACGAAGAGCCAAAUACAGGAAAACUCAGCAGUCUCUAAUGCUCCAGUGUGAAUCUGCUGAUAGGAGUUCUGAAGCAUCAUCCUGUCCAAGCACCAGAUGAAGACAGGAUAUUCUGAUGUCACUGACACAUUAAGAGCUUAUAAUGGCUGUGAAACCUUUUCCCUUCAGCAAUA